CAAAGAAGCAUUCCGAAGAGAUGGAGAAGCAGGAGAGCCAAAACUCAUCAUUAGAUGAAAAUCCAAAGCCAUGGCAGUCUUAUCACACUGUUUACACCAACGCCAAAGCAGGUAUGGAUGGAGUGGACAAGGAGAAAGUGCAAAGAGUUGUGUAUGAGAUGAGCAAGGGAUCCAAGUAUUAUGAGAAUGAGGAACGCAAGGAAGCCUUUAUAAGGCAGAAGAUAGAACACAUGCGUGCUCGUUGUGCCGAGCUUACACCACAUGAUAUUUCACACCAUCAGAAGGUUGCAGAUAAAAGAGUUGCAGAGCUAGAAGCUACACGUGACCUGUCUAGAACUUGGCUACAUAUAGAUAUGGAUGCUUUCUAUGCAGCUGUAGAGACAUUGAGCAAUCCCUCUUUAAAGGGCAAGCCAAUGGCUGUUGGCGGAAUGUCAAUGAUAUCCACUGCUAACUAUGAGGCCCGAAGGUUCGGGGUUCGUGCUGCAAUGCCUGGCUUCAUUGCACGUAAACUGUGUCCAGAGUUAAUUUUUGUUCCCACAGAUUUUAAGAAGUACACAUAUUACAGUGAUUUAACCAGAAAAGUUUUCCACAGCUAUGAUCCUAACUUCAUGGUGACUAGUUUGGAUGAAGCAUAUCUUGACAUAACAGAGGUUUGCCGAGAAAGGGGCAUUAGCAGUGCAGAAAUUGCCGAAGAACUCAGAGCCAGAGUUUACAAAGAGACUGGUUUGACCUGCAGUGCAGGAGUAGCACCAAACCGCCUACUUGCUAAGGUUUGUUCAGAUAUCAACAAGCCAAAUGGACAGUUUGUUUUGCCAAAUGACCGGAUGGCUGUGAUGACAUUUAUAUCAUCCCUUCCUAUACGAAAGAUUGGAGGCAUUGGUAAAGUCACUGAGCAUAUUUUAAGAGAUGUUUUUGGAAUUAAUACAUGUGAGGAAAUGCUGGGAAAGGGCAGUUUUAUCUGUGUGCUUUUUUCAAAUUCCACGGCAGAUUUUUUUCUCUCUGUGGGACUGGGGCUUGGAGGUACAGCCACCCCUCAAAUCAGGUUCAGAAAAAGUAUCAGUAAUGAGAGAACCUUCUCAGCCACAAAAGACAAGGCAUUUCUAUAUCAGAAAUUGGCUGAAAUUGCAGACAUGUUAUCUGCUGACAUGGAAAGAGAGGGUCUUCAUGGGCGAACAUUAACUCUUAAACUGAAAACUGCUUCUUUUGAGGUUCGGAGCAGAGCAGUCACUUUGCAAAAAUAUAUUUGCUCUAGCGAGGACAUAUUAAAACAUGCUUCAGUGCUACUGAAGGCUGAACUUCCUGUUUCAUUAAGACUUAUAGGCCUGCGAGUAUCUCAGUUCAAUGAAGAAAAGUUUGGUGCCCCGACAGAUCCUACUCAAAAAACUCUCAACAAAUUUAUAAUGUCAGGAGAUGCUUCUAGGAAAAAUGUUGGGGAUGAAAAUUCCUUGGGAUCAGAUGUCAGUGAUCAGCAUUUCAUGCAAGAUGAAGAAAUUAGUAUCUCCCUUGAUAUUCAUGAGACAAGUCAUUGUGAAUUUACGAAUCCAUUUGAUAACAAAUGUGUACCAAAUCUGGAUGACGACAAUCAUAGAUUCGCCUACAAUGUUGGUGAAGCAGAGAAUAUUAUUGAGCCUUCAAGUGAUGAAAUUGAAGAAGAGAAUGGAGUUUCACGAUUUUUAGAAGCCAAUUCUUCUGAUUCCCAGCAAUCUGAAGGCAGGCACCAUGACAGAAUUGAGGCAGCUAAUACCCUAGACAAAGAGGCUUUGUCUUCAUCUAAUCAGGAAAGUAAAAAUUUCUGGGUGGAUGACUACAAGUGUUCAAUAUGUGGAAUAGAAAUGCCACCAACUUUUAUUGAGGAAAGGCAAGAGCACUUUGAUUUUCACCUUGCUCAGAGGCUUCAGAAGGAGGAAUCUGGCACCAAGUUGAGAACGCAGAUACUGCAGCAAAGGCGUUUCAGUAAGGAUCCUGCAAGCCAUGGUAAACGUAAGAAGCUGAAAUUGAAUAAGAAAGAAGGCAGAUAUCUUCCCAUCGACAUGUUCUUUGUGAAGAGCAAUCAGAACUUCUAGCAUCAUGGUAUUUAUUUUUAUCUAAUCCUGUAUAUAUGUUUUGUCUUUUUUUUUUUUUACAUCAUAGUCAAUUUUAGAGUAUUCACUGGUAGUAUUUAUUUCAUUAUUUUCAGCAGCACUAUGUGCAGCAAAGUCGAAAAUGUAAUUUAGAUAAUAAUUUAAAUGCCAGUAAUAACAGCUCUUUGGUUCAA